AUGUUUAGACCUACCGCCGCUCUGUCGGGAGGUCUGUUGUGGAAAAUUCCGUGGCGACUCUCCCCAACUCAGAAAGCGCGUCAACGAAAACGAUUAAAGCUGGUCGAUAAAGUUGUGGACACUGUCAGCACCGCUUUACAGAACAAUGGAGGGAUGACGGCAAAGGCGGUAGAGAGAUGGUAUAAGGAGAUGCCCCGGGAAGAGGAGAUGCUUCCUAAGGACAAAUACACAAUCUUCGAUCGCAAAGAGAAGAAAUACCGAAAAGGCAUACAUAAACUUCCCAAAUGGACGAGAGUCAGCCAAAGAGUCAAUCCUCCUGGUUUCUAA